AUGAAGAUUUUGCGAGCGGAGCGGACAAGUGAGGCCAUCGGGCGGAUCGAGGAAGGCGGGCCGGCGAUUGCCUCUGGGUCUCGGAGAUCCACCGGGAUGAAAGGCUUAUCGGCGAAAAGUCCUGAUUCUUGUCGAGGCGCCGCGCUGGAAACAGAUGCGAAGCCUAAUGGAACCCCAAGAGUUGCUUGCGAGCAACAGGAUCGUGAGCCAAUUGGUAGAGGCUCGACGGUGGGAGGCGACAAGUGGUCGUCUUCUGAUAAAGGCGCGGCUGAGAGCCGUGCCAGGGCAAAAAGCAACGCCGUGGAGAAGAUGUUCAGGAUGGGUGUUGUCGACGCAGCUGGUGUGGAGACUAAGUUCAUCACGCGGAAGAAGCUGAUAUCGUUCCUGCGAAUCAAGACGAAGAACCAAGACGAACCUGACUUUGUGAUGGCUCUGUCGAACGAGACAAUCAUGCCCAUCACAAGCUCCGACGCGACCAACCGAAUAAUGGUAGUAGCUCAACUUUACCUGGACACUGACUGGGAAACGUUUCGGGCGAACCCUGCCUACAAUCUACUGAAGGAGUACAAAGACACCGUGUUUCGUCCCGAACUCCCUGAAGAUUUCCCUGAGAAGCGCGAGAUUGAGCACCAGAUCGACGUCCGGGACCCGAACCUCACGAUGUACCGACAUCUGUGGCGUCAAUUGCCGGAGCAGCAACGUGAAAUCGUUCGCUGGGUAGAAGACAUGGUCGAGAAGAAGCUCGUCAGGCCAAGCAUCAAUCCACAAGCGGCUCCCACAUUCUGUGUACGGAAGCCCAUCAGAUGGCGUAUCGUCCACGACUACCGAUAUCUCAACUCAAACACGAUACGCCAGAGAAUUCCGAUGACGAGUAAAGAAGAUGUCCUGGACGACAUGGCUGCAGCGUAUUACUACUCGACGAUGGACCUGAUGUCGGCGUACUAUCAAGUUCGACUGCGCAAAGAAGAUAUCAAAUUCACAGCAUUCCAGGUAGCAAAAGGUCUCUGGGAGUACUUGCAAACGAGGUCGUUUUGCGAAGACAUCUAUAUCUUUACCAUCUCUCAAGACGUCAACGAGCACUUGGAAGCUUUACGGAAAAAGUUGGAUAUCUUGCGGGAUAACAAGCUGUAUGUCAAGUUAUCCAAGUGUGUGUUCUGCGCCCCAGGGAUUCCGUGUCUUGGCGACUUUGUAGGCCGAGACGGCGUGCCCAUGGACCACGACAAAGCAUUUCACAGCAUCUUGAGACUCACGGGCUACGCCCAGCGUUUCUGUCCGGAGUAUGCCUCGCUGACGGCAACCAUGUUCACGCUACUCAAGAAGCAGAACAAGUGCAACGUGAAGGUCCAUUUCGACAAGGAGCAGUUGAAGAACUUCAAGGAGUUGAAGCGACGCUUGUGUGCUGCAUCUUCCUGA